AUGGCAGAUCUUCCUCCACCAGACAAUGGUGAGGCUGGCCAUGACUCGGAGACGGAUGAAGUUCCUGAAGGAGAGUGCGGCGACUGUGGCCAAAAGUUCAAUGAGCCAGAUGAGGACAUGAGUUGCCACCCCUUGACGGUGGUGUCAUGCAAGGGGACGGAUAGUGGAGAAUGCUUGCGGUGCUACUACAUCCGUCGCGGAUCUUUCAAGGAGGUGGAUGCCGCGAUGAUGCGAAGGCUGAUUCGAAAAAACCCUGCGCUCAAAGACAAGUUCCGAGGAUUGCGCCGCAAGCACAUCAAGCAGACAGCUCGCAACCCAAGAGCGCGUCCGCGGCAUGAGACCAUCGAUCUUCGCCACUUCACGGAGAAGAAAGAUGAAGGUUUCAUCGACAUCUUCCAGGUGGGAAAGUGGAUGUCAAUCCCAGACUGGAUCGAUGACAAUGUGACGGACGAGGCGGUGAAGAAAAAGCUGAAGACCCUCCCACAGAAGCGAAAAUAUGUGACACAGGAUGACAUGGGAGUUGAGGGAGUCAUCAUUUUGCCAGAGAGCAAAGUGAAGGAGGUCAAAAUUGGGAGCCGCUCCAGUACAGCCAGAGUCAGACGUGAAGAAUACGCAGAUGCCAGGGAAGCAGCAGCCGCGCAUGAGAAAGCCAGGGCAAAACAAACAGUUGAAGUCAACACGAAGGACUGCAAACCCAGCAAUACUCUUGCACCUCGCACGUUCUGUCUGUAA